AUGGCCGAGCAACCUCGCAUCCUGCGUCCCCGCCCGCGCCGGGUCUUCGACGUCACACCAGCCUCAACCGAAUCAUCCGAACCUCCCACGCCCGCCGAGCCCGCCAACAGCGCCGACCUGCUAAGCCCUAACCAGGACAUGGGGUCGACAUCGGCGAGUGUGAGCCGCACAGGGUCGAUCAUGAACCUGACCUCCUCGACGCUGUAUGGGAUCUACUCGCCGACGGCAUUCACCGGAUUCCGUGGCGAGGACAGCCCCUGGGGCACGGAGGCAUUGAACACGCCCACGGCCGAGUUUCCGCCAGAACCCUCGCAGCGCGAGGCGGUCAAGUCGGCCACGGAGCCGCGUCGGUUUGCGCUGCGGCGCACGCGAUCGCGGCUCAGUCAUGGCUUGUUCCGUGGUGUUAUCCUGCCGCAGGCCUUGAGCAGUGCCUUGCUCUUUGGCUUCGGAGUUGUCUACGGCGUGAUCACUAUUCAUUUGCACGAUAAUCACUGGAUUACACCGGUUAAGCUUGAGAAUGUACAUUACUAUGACUCGUGGCUGUACUUGGGCUUCUGGGGGCUGGCUGGUAUCGCGUUGGGGAAAGUUCUUCCCUGGCUGGAUGUCUGGCGUGAGAAGGGGCUGGAGAAUCGGGAUACCCGGGGGAACAAUGCCGGAGAUGAGGAGACCGAGUAUCGCGCUCCGUCGUGGGUGGCUGUCGCUCGGAGCGUUGGAGCGUUUGUUGGAAUUGCUUUUGCGAUGAGACGACUCCCCUGGCAGUCCACCACGCAAGCAUCGCUAACCCUCGCUCUCGCCAACCCCGUCCUGUGGUACCUAAUCGACCGCACCAAGACCGGUUUCCUCCUCGCAGUGAUUGUUGGUAUAGGGGGCAUGGGUGUGGUACUGGGCCUGAAACCCGAGCUGGUCCCUGGCUCGACCGGCCCUUCGUUCGGAACGACGUUCUUGAAUGGAACCGGGUUGGAGAAUGCGCUGGGCGCAGAGAUCACGCAGGAGAGCAUCGCGGUCCGCACCUGGAUCGCCAGCGUCAUUUUCUGCGCGUGCGUAUGCUUCGGCAACAUCGGGCGCCAGCUCGCCAUCGGGGCCAUGGGCGCUGAUACCCUCGCAUCGUGA